AUGAUGAAGAAGGCUAGAAUUUAUUAGGUAAUGAAAAACCAUAAGAAUAAUUUAUCCCUACAGUUCACAGAUUUUCAUCAUCAAGUUCAAAUUGGGAAGAAUAUGAUAAACCUAGUAAAAAAACCAGAUUAAUCAGGUCCAUCAAAAUUUGAUGCUGCAGUGAUUCUGAUUAUAAUAUUUAUGGUUGGAUUAGCUGGAUUUGGGUUAUUGAAACAUUACAAUGGUAAUGAAUGAUCUUUCUAUUCAUUAGUUGUGAUACCUGAAAAACCAAUAGAAAAUAAUGUACGUGUUAGUCCAUAAUUAGUUCAUCCAAAAGAAUCUGUUGUUUAAGAUGUUUUUAAUAAAAUAAGUGAAGGUCUUUAAAAUUUAGGAUAAGAUAAGGUUGUAAAGUAAAUUCCUAAAGAAGAUGAAAAAACUUUAGAUGAAGUUUUAGAUAAUUAUUUGUCUAAAAUUGAAUAAUAUACCCUUAAGAAUAGCCUGGAUUAACAGAAUUAAUGUUUUAAUGCAUAUAAACCAAUUUUUAAAUAGAAGUCAAUUAAUAUUACACAAAUUUUAUAAUAUAGUUAAAUUUAUUAGAGGAAUUAAAUGUUAAAUUGUAAGAACUUUAUAUUAUAUUCACAUAACCAAUAUUUGUUGAUAUUGUUAAAAAUGCUAAAGAAUUAUAUGAAAAAAUGA